CGAGCACUUCACAGGACGUGCUCACAGAGCGAUCCGAGCCGUCAGCGAUCGCUGUUACCAGACAUCUUUGCCGUGCGCUGAUCUUUGCCACUUGCUGACCUGACAGGGCAUGGCAGAGAGCGCUGCCUGCGGCUGUGGGGUGAUUUGUUUCUUUCCCGCCUGCCCAAGUUCCCAGAAGUAUUUUAAACUGAGUAAUUGGAAGAAAAAUAAAGGAGGAAAAAUAUUUACAAACUAGAUGUGAGAACUCCACUUUGCAGUAUUGUAAUUCAGGUUGGGAUUUGCUUUGUCACCUGACACAGACCACAGCUGGAUCUCCUCGUGUCACACGGUUCAUUCCCGUGCCUCUUACCUCUUUUUUCAUGGUGUAUUUUUCUUUGAGAUUUUGGUCUUUCCUUUGUUUUAUGGCUGUCAUUAUUCAAGGCUGUUAUUAAGUUCUAAUGUGCAGGUUUUCAGUUGGCUAAACAGGUGUCAGGUGACACAUGUGUACUUUGGUUUCUUUCCUAUUUCAUACAGAAAAAGGCUUUUAUUACAGUCUUUCCCAUUCUGGGAAAGAAGGCACUAGAGAGCAGCACAGGAGCUUUAGUUGUGAGAAUACAGUUCAGUAUAUUCAUUUGUGUGUUUAUGAUUUGCAGUGAAUAAGAAUGACCCGACUCUGGGAGGAACUGCAAACUGUGGUUUUUAUGUUGCACUUGGCGGAAGCCGAGGUUUCACUCCACAAAUAUUGGCUGAACUUCCCCUCUGCACACAGGGAAUGAUGGCUUUGAGCAUUCUGUGAUGCCAUCUGCCUCCUUCCCAGCUUCCAAAAUUGGUGGUGCUUAGUGCAUCCAGGAGAUGCUUGUUUCUUCAUUCCCCAGAGAAGCAGUCCGCUGUGCCCAGCAGAACCUAAAGGGCUGACUAGGGAACCUCAUCCUUGCCUGCUUUAUCUGACACUGGCUUCUAUAAAAUGGGAAUACUUAUUGCAGUUCUUGGAAUCUGCUUCAGCUCUUCACUUGUAAAAGGAGAUUCUAAAGCUGUGACAACAUCUCUAACUACGAAGUGGUCUUCAACUCCUUUGCUCCUUGAAACAAGUGAAUUUUUGUCAGAAGAAGGUCAAGAAAAAUUCUGGAAUUUUGUGGAAGCCAGUGAGAAUAUUAAGACAUCUGAACAGUAUGGUAGCGAUUCUUCUUCUUACCAGGAAAUGCUGAAAGUAGCCUGCCAGACUCUGUCACCUUUGCAGCAGAAUUUGCUGAAAUUUUCCUUGUCUUUACGCUCUUAUUCUGCAACCGUUCAAGCUUUUCAACAGAUAGCAGCAGAUGAACCUCCACCAAAGGGCUGUACCCUGUUUUUCGUUGUGCAUGGGGAGAAGACGUGUGAAUUUGACUCUCUUGGAGACCUUUUACGGGCAGCCUCAGACAGGCCAAAGCCAUUUUUGUUCAAGGGGGACCACAAGUACCCAGCGUCAAACCCCGAAAGUCCCGUUGUCAUCCUUUAUGCUGAGAUUGGCUCAGAGGAGUUCUACAGACACCACAGGAGGCUUGUUUCAAAGGCUGAGGCAGGAGAAAUCACCUAUGUCCUCAGACACUACAUUGCUAAUCCCAGCAAAGAAAAAGUCUACCUCUCUGGCUAUGGCGUAGAACUGGCUAUUAAAAGUACAGAAUAUAAGGCCAAGGAUGAUACACAGGUGAAAGGCACAGACGUGAAUGCCACAGUCAUAGAUGAAAAUGACCCUAUUGAUGAAGUGCAAGGAUUUCUGUUUGGAAAACUAAGGCAGCUGUAUCCUGACUUGACAGAAGAGUUGAAGGAGCUCAGAAAACACCUCGUGGAAAGUACCAAUGAAAUGGCACCUUUGAAAGUGUGGCAGCUACAAGAUUUGAGUUUUCAAACUGCUGCUCGCAUUUUGACUGCUCCCCCCAUGGAUGCUCUCAUGGUCAUGAAAGAUCUCAGUCAGAACUUUCCUACAAAGGCCAGAGCCAUAACAAAAACAGUUGUUUCUUCAGAACUCAGAGCAGAAAUUGAAGAGAACCAAAAGUAUUUCAAAGGGACAUUGGGUUUGCAGCCAGGAGAUUCUGCCCUGUUCAUCAAUGGACUACUAAUUGAUUUAGACACUCAGGACAUAUUUAGCUUGAUCGAUGUGCUCCGCAAUGAAGCCCGUGUUAUGGAAGGCCUGCACAGCUUAGGAAUUGAGGGUCUUUCCCUGCACAAUGUUCUGAAGUUGAACAUCCAGCCAUCAGAUUCUGACUAUGCUGUGGACAUCAGGAGCCCUGCGAUUUCGUGGAUCAACAAUCUUGAAGUUGACAGUCGGUAUAAUUCCUGGCCUUCCAGUGUGCAAGAACUGCUGCGUCCCACGUUUCCAGGAGUGAUCAGGCAAAUUAGAAAAAACUUCCAUAAUUUUGUGCUGAUAGUAGAUCCUACUCAAGAGACCACAGCAGAAUUACUGAACGUGGCAGAGAUGUUCUUCAGUAACCACAUCCCACUGAGGAUAGGACUAGUCUUUGUGGUUAAUGACUCGGAGGAUGUUGAUGGACUUCAGGAUCCUGGAGUUGCCCUCCUUAGGACAUACAAUUAUGUGGCACAAGAAAUGGACAACAAUUAUGCUUUCCAGACUGUUAUGUCUAUAUAUAACAAAGUAAAAACAGGAGAUCAGCUGAAAGUGGAGCACGUGGUUAGUGUUCUUGAGAAACAGUAUCCUUAUGUCGAAGUCAACAGCAUCCUGGGAAUUGAUUCUGCCUAUGAUCAAAACAGAAAGGCAGCAAGAGGUUACUAUGAGCAAACAGGUGUGGGCCCUCUCCCUGUUGUGCUGUUCAAUGGAAUGCCUUUUCAAAAAGAUCAGCUGGAUCCUGAUGACCUGGAAACCAUGACAAUGCACAAAAUCCUGGAAACCACAAGCAUCUUCCAGCGAGCUGUGUACCUGGGUGAACUAUCUAAUGAUCAAGAUGUGGUUGAGUAUAUCAUGAACCAGCCUAAUGUUGUUCCAAGAAUUAACUCAAGAAUCCUAACAUCUGACAGAGAGUACCUAGAUCUGACAGGAAUGAAUAACUUUUUUGUGGAUGACUUUGCUCGAUUUACCACGUUGGAGUCUAAAGAUAAGACAGCUGCUGUUGCAAACAGCAUGACCUACUUAACAAAGAAAGGAAUGUCUUCCAAGGAGAUCUAUGAUGAUUCCUUUGUUAGACCAGUUACUUUUUGGAUUGUUGGUGAUUUUGAUAAACCUUCAGGGAGGCAAUUGUUGUAUGAUGCCAUUAAACAUCAGAAAUCCAGCAAUAAUGUUCGAAUUAGCAUGAUUAAUAAUCCUAGUGAAGAUCCCAACAGCCAGAAUACAGUUGUUGCUAAAGCCAUAUGGGCAGCUCUGCAGACACAAACGUCAAAUAAUGCCAAGAACUUCAUCACCAAGAUGGCAAAAGAAGAAACUGUGAAGGCAUUGGAGGCAGGAGCUGACAUCUUGGAAUUUGCUGUUGGGGGUAUGGAUACCAAUAUUUUCAAAGAAGCCUUUGAAUCUCCCAAGGUGGAUUUUAUUCUGUCCCAUGCAAUGUAUUGCAGAGAUGUUCUAAAGCUGAAGAAGGGGCAGAGGGCUGUGAUCAGCAAUGGACGGAUUAUUGGCCCAUUAGAGGAUGGUGAGAUGUUCAAUCAGGACGAUUUUCAUCUCCUUGAAAAUAUCAUACUGAAGACAUCAGGCCAGAAAAUCAAAUCUCAGAUUCAGCAGCUGGGAUUCGAAGAAGAUCUGGCAAGUGACUUGGUAAUGAAAGUGGAUGCUCUUCUUUCUGCUCAGCCAAAAGGAGAGGCAAGGAUUGAGUAUCAUUUUUUUGAAGAACAGUACAGUGCAGUUAAACUGAGACCAAAAGAGGGGGAGACUUACUUUGAUAUUGUGGCUAUUGUUGAUCCUGUGACCAGAGAUGCUCAAAGACUUGCUCCGUUACUUUUGGUUUUGAACCAGUUGAUAAAUAUGAACCUGAGAGUGUUUAUGAACUGCCAGUCCAAACUUUCUGACAUGCCACUGAAAAGCUUUUAUCGCUAUGUUUUGGAGCCAGAGAUUUCCUUCACAGCAGAGAAUAACUUUGCUCCAGGACCUAUUGCCAAGUUUUUGGAUAUGCCCCAGUCUCCACUGUUCACUCUGAACCUAAAUACCCCCGAGAGCUGGAUGGUGGAGUCUGUCAGAACCCCCUAUGACCUUGACAAUAUUUACUUAGAGGAGGUGGAUAGCGUCGUAGCUGCGGAAUAUGAACUGGAGUACCUGCUGCUGGAAGGCCACUGCUAUGACAUUACUACUGGGCAGCCACCUCGAGGACUCCAGUUUACACUGGGGACUUCAACCAGCCCUGUCAUCGUUGAUACCAUCGUUAUGGCCAACUUGGGUUACUUCCAGUUAAAAGCCAAUCCUGGUGCAUGGACUCUAAGACUGAGAAAGGGCAGAUCUGAAGAUAUUUACAGGAUCUACAGCCACGAUGGCACAGACUCUCCGCCUGAGGCUAGCGAAGUUAUUAUCGUUCUCAAUAACUUCAAGAGCAAAAUUAUUAAAGUGAAGGUUCAGAAAAAGCUUGAUAUGAUGAAUGAAGAUCUACUAAGUGAUGGCACCAGUGAGAAUGAAUCUGGAUUUUGGGAAUCUCUCAAAUGGGGAUUCACAGGAGGACAAAAGAAUGAAGAUGUGAAACAGGAUAAGGAUGAUGUACUAAACAUAUUCUCUGUGGCUUCAGGACAUCUAUAUGAGAGAUUCCUACGCAUAAUGAUGUUGUCUGUGCUGAAACAUACCAAGACUCCUUUAAAGUUUUGGUUUCUGAAGAACUACUUAUCACCUACAUUCAAGGAGUUCAUCCCAUACAUGGCCAAGAAGUAUAAUUUCCAGUAUGAGCUUGUCCAGUAUAAGUGGCCACGCUGGCUCCACCAACAAACAGAGAAACAGCGAAUCAUCUGGGGUUACAAGAUCCUCUUUCUAGAUGUGCUCUUCCCAUUAGCUGUGGAUAAAAUCCUGUUUGUGGAUGCUGAUCAGAUUGUGCGCACAGAUCUAAAGGAAUUGAGAGAUUUCAAUCUCGAUGGUGCUCCUUAUGGAUAUACUCCCUUCUGUGACAGCCGAAGAGAAAUGGAUGGCUACAGGUUCUGGAAAUCAGGAUACUGGGCAAGCCAUUUAGCUGGAAGAAAAUACCACAUCAGUGCUCUGUAUGUUGUGGAUCUGAAGAAGUUCAGGAAGAUAGCAGCUGGAGAUCGACUCAGAGGACAGUACCAGGGUCUCAGUCAGGAUCCCAACAGUCUGUCCAACCUUGAUCAGGAUUUGCCAAACAACAUGAUCCACCAGGUGCCAAUUAAAUCCCUCCCACAGGAGUGGCUGUGGUGUGAAACGUGGUGUGAUGAUUCCUCCAAGAAGAGAGCAAAAACCAUUGAUCUGUGUAACAACCCCAUGACCAAAGAGCCCAAGCUGCAAGCAGCCAUGCGUAUAGUUCCAGAAUGGCAGGACUAUGAUCAAGAAAUCAAACUGCUCCAGAGUCUUUUCCAGAAGGAAAAAGAAAUGGGAACACCAGCUGAGAUGCCAGGACAACACACACAUGAUCCAGCAGCACACGUGGAAUUAUGAUCCAUGCAGACAAAUUGAAGUCAGACUGUUUCAUAGACAAUUUUUAUAUUGAAAGCUAGUUUUUUCCAGUAUGUCUGCAAAACUGCUGAGUAAUUGAAUGGGAUGAUGUAUGCAUUUUUUUUACUUGCCUUUGGGUUAAUUUCUGCAUAUGAAAUAGGAUCUGGAUUGCUGGAAUUAGCAUUACUGGUUUUUUGCACCUGUGGUGGAGAUGAAAGAGCCCAUGAUGGAAUUUAGCAUUUCAGAAACAAAACUUCAAAAUCCACUGGAAAAGCCACAGCCUGUUCCUUCAACUGUCUCAACCACUGAUGAAGAUCAAGCUAGUCUCAGAUGUAACUUGAGAGUCUGGGAAUUGCAGACAUACGUCCUAACCUCAUCUAAUGGAGAUAAUUUUUCCAGGUAACGUUAUAAGGCUUAGAAUUAUGCCUUGAAUUUGGGACACUGUUUCAUCUGCAGGUUUUCAAAUUGUUGGAAAUACUUCUCAGAUUUGUUGAGUCUGCCCUUGAUUUUGUAACAAAUCCAGCAUUAUUUUGAUUUUUCUAUUUCCUGUCUUCAUUUAUCACCCAACUUUUGAUGGUUUGGCUUGUGUAAAGCUGCAAUCUAUUUAAAUACCCAUCCAAAUACAAAUGCCUAAGCUUACAAAGUGAGGAGAACAUGGAAUUUGGCAGCUGAGAUCAUCCUAGCCCAUCUGACUUGAAUCAAAGUACCCUCCCUUCCUUCCUGCUCAAAUGUUUAAAUCAGUCUGCAAAACUGGUAGGGCUUUACUCUGGCUGUGGUUCACUGAUUCAUGAAUGUUUUUUGCUUAUGAAAAUCUGUGGAAGCUUGGAAGUUUAUCAUCAUGUAAAUUUCAUUAACUUUAUUUUUCUUCAACCAGAGACGUUGUCACAUCAAUAAAAACUUUGGAGUUCUUGGGUCUUAAGCUUUAGUUCCCACUCGGUCCUUUGAUCAUCCUUUUUGCUUGCACACAGUCCUAAUUUAAUUUUGGAGUUUCUGGAUAUUUCACUUGCAUUUGUUUUCAUUCUGUGCACAGACAAGAAAAUAUCUUCUUGCAGGGAUUAAUUAUCUUGGGCUAGUUCUAUCAUUUGUAUUCAUGUCUUCAUUUUUAUGCUGCCAUAGUUCUGUGUUAUGAACAUACCAAUUAAAAAAAAAGGCAGCUCAAACCUCAUUUCCCUCAUUCUGUAGGAUUAUUGUCUGCUCCCUAUAACACUGAGGGGUUGAAGAGUUGAAACGUAAGAACUAAAAGUAGUUACCUCUAGUACAAAAUACAUAGUUCCCUGUGCAGAAAUCCAAACUGGGAUCACUUUUGUGCCUCCCAUGUUUUUAUGCAGGCAAAUGUUCUGUGCUGUAAGACCCUCAACCUAAUGAUAAUCCUGAUUUAGGAUAGUCUUCUGGAAUUAUUGUAUUAUACAUCCUGUCAUAUUUUGGAGGAAUCUGAAAGAUGCCAGUUGGAGUGUUUACACUGUCUGAUGGGGUGACUGAACAGAAGAGCAGCUCUCGCGUGGCCAGCUCAAGCAAGGGCCCAAAUCACCAACCCAAACUCUUAAAGAAAGCACAUUAAGAGAAAUAUCCAGGGUCCCUGAGCUCACAUCAUGGGCAUGGCUGGCCCAUAUCACUGCACCUGCACUUCUGGUGGGUACCAAAGGUGAUUAGUUCUGGGAAGGUAUAGGAAAGGACAGUUUAUAAUCCCCCUCUCCUGCGGGAGAGCUGUGCAAACCUGCGGGGCUGGAGAGCAAACCAUGACCUUACAGAGUCACCAGCUUAGAUAUUUCCCACUUUGUGGGGGUUUAAAUUCAGAUGGUCUGCCUGGCACUCUGGAAAUUACAGGUGAGGUGACUUACCCUUCCCAUCAAAACUGUUCCAGUUAAGGAUAAGCAGACUUACAGUAGGACUUUUUCUCUAUUGUAAAACACAAUAACGCUUCUGCCAACAAAUUGAAGUAAUUACAUACUGUGUCAAUUAGCUUCUUUUAAACAGCUGAUCCAGCACAGGUGAGAUUGUCCUUUCUGUGUUCAGUUGCAAACCACUUCAGCCUUGCUGGAGUACAUGGAAGAGCACAGGACGAGGUGGGUAGCAGCUGUAACACCACCAUUCCAUCCAGGGAUGGAUAAGGAAAGAAUGUGCUCAAAGCCCUCAGAACAAGAGAAGCUUCCUGUGAAACAUGGCCCUCUCCUAUCUAGAACCAUAUCUGUGCUUCUUUUUUUCCCCCAAAUUUUAUUAGAAGCCAUAAGACGAGAACAAAGCAACCUCUUAAAUUCAGCACAACAUUUAAAAUGCCUUGUUUGGUGUUGAAUAAGGAGAAAAUAUUUUUAAAUUAAAUGUCAGUUACAGAAUUAUUUUUUUUAAUUAUGCUCGUCCAUUCUGAUAGUUAAUGUAUGCAUUUGAAAACCCACGCUGCACCCUUUUUUUUAAAAACUAUAAGAUCUAGCAAGCUAUGAAGGAUAUUUUUGUUCCCUCUGGUUAACAGAGGCCAUGCUCUUCUAUUCAGUUGUUAUUAAGAAAUCAAAGUCAUCUAACUCACAACUGGUACAGAAAGAAACCAGAAACGUGCAGUGGGAUUCUGUACCUUUGCAGUGCUUGUAAGAGUCCUUUGCCUGUUCUCCAGUACGAUACAAAAUGCACAUGGUACUGAUCAUUCUCAAUGUGAACUACUUCCAUUUUUCCUGGGAAGCCACUAUUUGUUUGCACCUAAGAAUAACAGUCAUAAAGGGAAUAAUCACUUAUUUUGGAUCUGUGUAUAUGAUUGCUCCUAGUGCCCAACUGGGCCUUAAAAGAAAAAAUAUUUUGACAGCUCCAUCUAGAAAGCAUCUUGGAGUGAGAUGCUUAUUGAAAUAGUCCUGCUUCUGAUCAUAUCACUGAUGGCCUGGUCCUGUAACUAGUAAGACUGAUGAUGAUGAAAAAUAGAAAAUGUGGAUUGCAGAGGUCACAAAGUAAUUUUGGAUUCCUCAGACUAGAAAGGCCACUUCUGUGGCAAAGCGAUGACAUUGUUCCAAUCUCUGGCUAUGAGCGGCUUGUCCUCUUGGUGGGGACUUCACAAUGAGAAAUGCCCUGUACUUUAUUUUAAAAGGAAGAUUUCACUGCCUUACGAGAAAACAAACAGUAGAGAAAUAAGUCUUUAAGAUUUCUUUUUCAUUUAGAUAUUGGGGGGUGGGUUGUAAUGGAAAUGAAAGGGACAUGUACAAAGCAGUAAAUAUCCGGUCACAGUCUUAUGAACCAAAACAUUUUUUAAAAUAUGAACUGUUUUUAUUCAACUCUUCCGUAAUCUGUUCAAGAAUAUUCCAUAACUCUGUGUGGCACUGAUACCAAGUGACCCGGGGUAUUGGGAGUUACUCUUUACUGAACGUUACCUAAGAUCACAGGGAGUUUCCCAGUACAGUGGCAACAAGAAGAUCUGACAUCAUUAAAAACUCUGCUGUUCUUUACCCCUGUCUGUCUUGUUGAUUGCCUUGGGGCUGAUAACUGAGGUUUUAAUGGUGUUGCUUAGAACAUGUUUUUCACUUCCUGUAUUCAAGUGUUGGGAUAUUGAAAAGCUAGAAGGGAAAGGGAGGAAUUCCUCCUAUCUGCCAGUCUUGAUAUUGGAGUAACCCCUAAACUGAAGUACUUCUGUUAAAAAAAGAAUAAAAAUAUUUUAUAUAAA